AUGCAGCAAAACGAGCUGCGUAUUGAACAGCAGCAGCAGCAGCAACAGCAGCAACAGCAGCAGCAACAGCAGCAGCAACUUGCCGCUGCAGCACCGCCGCCUCAGCAGCAGCAAAGCUGCCCCGCUGCGCCUCAGCAGCAGCCCCAGCAAGCGAAGGUACGCCCCCCAAAGCCCCCCACCAGCACCGCAGCAGCAGCAGCAGCAGCACCCGCAGCAGCAGCAGCAGCAGCACCCGCAGCAGCAGCAGCAGCAGCAGCAGCAGCACCCGCAGCAGCAGCAGCAGCAGCAGCAGCAGGAGCAGCCUCCCGCUGCAGCAGCCCUGCCCGUGUGUCUGUGGCUGCGUGUUGCGCGCUGCAGCCGCCCAAGCGCCUCCCCCCCUACCCCCCGCAGCAGCAGCAGCAGCAGCAGCAGCAGCGCAGCAGCAGCAGCAGCAGCAGCAGCAGCAGCAGCGGGAAAAUGCGGCUGCGGGUGCGGACGCUGGGGGCGGAGGAGUGCGAAGUCUGCGCGGAGCCGGAGGAAACAGUAAAGGACUUGAAAGAAAAAAUAGAAAAAGUUUUUCCGAGAAUGGCAGCAGCAAAGCAGCGGCUGGUGCAUGCAGGCAAACAAGUGGCUUCCUCGAACGGCUCUGCAGCAGCAGCAGGAGCAGCAGCAGCAAAUUCGUCGGGAGCAGCAGCAGCAGCAGCUCCUGCUGCUGCUGCUGGCGCUGCGAAGCCGCCAGCAGCAGCUGCUGCAGCAGCCCCUGCUGCAGCAGCCCCUGCUGCAGCAGCCCCCGCUGCAGCAGAGCCGCAGCAGCAGCAGCAGCAGCAGCAGCAGCAGCAGCAGCAGCAGCAGAGGUCAGACGUAUUGAGCGAAUCUGCUGCUGCUCUGGCGACAGGGGCAGAAGUUGAAGAAACUCUGAAGAAUCUGGAGGAGUUGGGGUUUUCAGCAGCAGAUUGUCGCGUGGCUCUUCGCGCAGCUUUUAACAAUCCGGACAGAGCAGUGGAGUAUUUGAUGAAUGGCAUUCCUGAAGACCUUUUGCCGUCCGUAGCAGCAGAAGGGACAGCAGCAGCAGCAGCAGCAGCAGCAGCAGCAGAAGCAGGACAGGCAGCUGCAGCAGGAGAGCCAGCAGCAGCAGCAGCAGCAGCAGCAGAUGACAACCCCCUCGCGGGCCUCCGCACCCAUCCUGUCUUUCAGCAAGUUCGGCAGCUCACGCAGACAAACCCUCAAAUGCUUCCGCAGGUGCUGCAGAUGAUCGGCGCCUCAAACCCUGACCUCCUGCAGCUCAUAACUCAAAACCAAGAAGCUUUUCUUGAGCUGCUGCGGGAGGGGGCCCCCCCUGCUGCUGAGGGCCCCGGGGGGCCCCCGGGGGGCCCCCCCUCAUCUUUGCUGCAGGGGGGUGUUGUGCAGCUAACUGAAGAAGAAAUGGCUGCUGUAGAACGACUCACUGCCCUCGGUUUCACGCGCAUGCAAGUUGCUGAAGCCUACAUUGCAUGCGACCGCAACGAGGAAAUGGCAGCAAAUUACCUUUUCGAAAACAUGAAUGACUUCAUUGACGAAGAGGCCCCCGAAGACCCCCCCGCCUCUUGA